GAUGGGGCGGAUUCUCGCGAGAGUUGGAGUUGGCUGAGAGUUUGUGGAAGAUGGCGCCUGUUGUGACAGGGAAAUUUGGGGAGCGACCUCAACCCAAACGCCUUACCAGGGAAGCAAUGCGAAAUUAUCUUAAGGAGCGUGGCGAUCAAACUGUACUAAUUCUACAUGCUAAGGUUGCACAAAAAUCUUAUGGGAAUGAGAAAAGAUUUUUCUGCCCCCCUCCAUGUGUAUAUCUAAUGGGCAGUGGCUGGAAGAAAAAGAAAGAUCAGAUGGAGCGAGAUGGAUGCAACGAACAAGAAUCACAGCCAUGUGCAUUUAUUGGAAUUGGAAAUAGUGACCAAGAAAUGCAGCAACUUAACUUGGAAGGAAAGAACUAUUGCACAGCCAAAACAUUGUACAUAUCAGACUCUGACAAGAGAAAGCACUUCAUGUUAUCAGUAAAAAUGUUUUAUGGUAAUAGUGACGACAUCGGCGUCUUUCACAGCAAGCGGAUCAAAGUAAUCUCCAAACCUUCUAAAAAGAAACAAUCCUUGAAAAAUGCAGACUUAUGUAUUGCAUCAGGAACAAAGGUGGCAUUAUUUAACAGACUUCGUUCGCAGACUGUCAGCACACGUUAUCUACAUGUAGAAGGAGGAAAUUUCCAUGCCAGUUCACAACAGUGGGGAGCUUUUUACAUCCAUUUAUUGGAUGAUGAAGAAUCAGAGGGCGAAGAAUUCACAGUGCGUGAUGGAUACAUUCAUUAUGGUCAGACAGUGAAGCUGGUGUGUUCUGUUACUGGGAUGGCACUUCCUAGACUGAUAAUUCGUAAAGUCGAUAAACAAACAGCAUUAUUAGAUGCGGAUGACCCAGUGUCACAGCUCCAUAAGUGUGCAUUUUAUCUGAAAGAUACAGAAAGGAUGUAUCUGUGCCUUUCUCAAGAAAGGAUAAUCCAAUUUCAAGCCACUCCAUGUCCAAAAGAACCAAACAAAGAAAUGAUAAACGAUGGAGCCUCUUGGACAAUCAUAAGCACAGAUAAGGCUGAAUACACUUUCUACGAGGGGAUGGGGCCCGUACAUGCACCAGUGACACCUGUACCUGUUGUAGAAAGUCUUCAGUUAAAUGGAGGCGGGGACGUUGCAAUGCUUGAGCUCACGGGACAGAAUUUUACACCUAAUCUGCGAGUUUGGUUUGGUGAUGUGGAAGCUGAGACCAUGUACAGGUGUGCAGAGAGCAUGCUCUGUGUUGUUCCAGAUAUUUCUGCAUUCCGAGAGGGUUGGCGAUGGGUACGUCAACCUGUUCAGGUCCCAGUCACUCUGGUUCGAAAUGAUGGGAUUAUCUACUCUACGAGCCUUACUUUCACAUACACACCAGAGCCUGGACCAAGACCACACUGCAGUGCUGCUGGAGCCAUCCUUAGAGCUAAUUCCAGCUUGAUGGCAUCAAAUGACUCGAAUACAAACAGUGAGGGAAGUUACACAACUGUCAGCACAAACUCAACUAUUGUCACAUCAGCAGCAACAGUAGUCUCCUAACUAUUAAAGUGGUUUAAAGACAGUGGCCAAGUCUUGGGAAGGGAGAAGAUGCAAAACUGUUGAAGUGCUGCAAAGAAAACCCUACUAGUAUCAACAAUUGUGGUAUUCUGGAAAUCACCUCUUUGUUCAGAUGGUGGACAUGUCAAGCAUUGAUAAUCUGCAAGGGGUGUUACCACAUUAAGAAAAUACACCUAUGUAUAAAACUUUAUAAAGAGCUAAAAUGGAAAUCUAUUUUUCAGCUGUUUAAAGUGUGGGCAAGAUAUAAAGAAUUUGGGUGGGAUGUUGAAGAAGACUAGAGAAUGCAUACAAAAAUAACAUAGUUUCUAUGGACCAAGAAACUUGUAUAAGCUUUAGUGGAGGUACAGUUUCACCAUACCUUUUUUUGUAUUAUACAUAUAGUACACUUUUGUUACCAAAUAGUUUAUAUUUUCUUCCUAUGAGCAAUGGGCUCUGAAGUAUCCAGGUUCCAGGCCUGACCUUGCUGUAUAUUCUCAUCACCUACUAUACCAGUAAAGACCUAUAUUUUGGUCACUGGCUGGAACUGUCCUAAUUUUUAUUUUUUUUAUAAAAAAACUUGAGUCGUGUGACUUUAUUAAUUGAAAGUGGUGUUUGAGAGGAGAACCUCAUUUUUAUGAUUAUCUGUCAAUCUGCAUUACUGUACUUAAUGGAUGUCUCAAUAUGACACCAUAAUGUGGGACAAAAAUCAGUUACAGUAUCAUGAUCUUUAUCAUAACUUAAAGAAGCACUAAAGUCAAACUGGCUAAAUGUGAUCUGUUACACAAAGGCAACCUAAACACAGAUGUAAGCUGGUUCCUUUAAUCUAUAAAAGGUUACUCACACCGAAUAGGCAGGAAGGAAAUGUUGAAUUCUGAUUCUUCAAUUACAGCUUUGAUUCCAGUGAUAAGUUUGAAAAAUUAGUGAAUUGCAAGCCUUGUGAUAAGAUUGUAAGUUCUUCAAAUCUGUCUCUUUAAAGGGGUGUGUAUUCAACUAUGCAGAGCGCACAGCAAUAACUUAGGUGUCUGUAUGCUUACUCAUGUCUCAGUUGCCAAGCUGCUGUUAAAAACCACUGGUUUGAAGCAGGUUGGUAAUGAGUAAUUUUUUUGGUCUGCUCCACCUCAUGUGAUAUCUUGAUAUGUUGUACAGCAACACGCAAACCAUAUGACGGAGUUUCAUGAUGUCACAUUCGGAGAGUAGUACAUGCAGUUUCUAGCUUGCUUUAAAUAGUUUUAAUACACAGUAAUGUGGAUAAAUGCAAUACCAGUUAGUGUACAUCUCCUUUUAUAAAAUUUAGCAUUAUGUGACAACUCAAUUGACUACACUUUAAUUCACAUUUUGCUGCUUUUUUGUGCUGUUCAACUGGUUCUUCCUCAUACUUAAGAAUACCAAAAGGGUUAUUUUUUGUUCUGAAUUCUCAGGAUUACCACUGCGAUCAGAUUAUGGCUGCUAUCACAUUAACUAUUAUAUAUAUCCAAAAUUGAGAUAUUCUUUCAUAUCAUCUCUUGCUGCAUUGUCAUGUGGAGCAUCCCAAUGUACUUCAAAAACAAAAAUAUCAGAAGUUUUAAGUAGCUUCUGCUCUGUCUGCAAUACAUACAACAGUACAGAUAUGUCAAACAUAGCUUUAUUUUUUCAAUCAUUUUAAUAAAGCAGUAUUUAGUAAUAUCUGAUAGAUUUGCUUUUUGAGUAAAAACUGAAGUUUAAUGGAUAUACUGACACCUGAUAAAUGAGGUUCUGCUAUUAACUGAAUUGGGAAUGUGGCCAUUAAGUAUUGAGUUAAUUUUGUAAUUUUCCCUCAGAGCACUGCUUUUGUAUGUUGAAACAUAUUCUCAGCUCUUUCAUAUUAACAAUAUAUCCACUUACAUGUGAGUUCUAUUUUUUGGCUAUUUGGUACAGUGGUUUACCUUAUUUUUUAUUACACAUGUUAAAAGUGAUAAAUGUUGUUUAAAGUGUAAUUUGUUCUUUAGAAAUUUGUCACUAACGUAUUGAUGCCACAUCUGUUACAUUCAAGCUGCAAUAAGGCUGUUUGUAUUUUGGUCAAGGAUUGUAUUCCUAUGGAUUUUGGUCCAGUGUUCCUAUGGUCCUUUCACUAAAAGUUGAAACAUGAAUAUCCAAAGGUCUUAGGUUUGGCAUUUGGACAGAAUUUAAAAUGUUAGUGUCCACAGGUAUGUUAACAAAUAUGGAUAGGGCAUUCAAUGUAAAAUAGAUUUAUAACCUCUUUUUGGGUAUACUAAAAUGGCAAACAUUGAUCAUAAAACUAGAAUAUGGAAAAAGAAAGUACUGUUAGGCACUGUCCUCUGUCCUUCCAUAGUUUAUGUGCAUGUAUUAUGGAACUGGAUCUUUUUGCCUUCUAAUGUUAAUAUGGCUACCUCCUUCACCCUUCAGAGUUAAAGAUGGCUGAGCUUAUUUGGUGAACAAAUUCUAUGGCAUCAUAGUAAAGAUCUCUCAGCCUACUGCUUAAUGUUUUCUGUCUUGUGAACUCUCCAAAGUGCUUCACAACCAAUGCAUUGCUUUUGAAAUAUAGUAACUGUUAUGUAUCAGAAUGUUAGCUGAUUGCAUAUGAGAUCUGCUUACAUUGGAGAUUUUGUUGGUCUGGAAAUCGAGCAACGGCUGCAAGCAGGACCAUGAUUUUUUUUUUAAUCGAACAUCUAGCAAAGCUGUUGCCUCACCUUUAGCAAUGCAACAGUCUCCUCAGUCUUCUCUUAUCAGCCUAGGUCAUGUGUGUUUAUGUUCCUAGUGAUGCUGGAACCAAGACCCUGUGAUUCAGAGAAGAAUGCUGUACACUGCGUCACACUGACAAUCAUUUCGUGGUGGGUAUAAGACUCAAAUGGGUAUAAUUUCUUUAAAAUAUAAAUAGUUAUUGCCUUGAAAGAUAUUUCCACCUAUAUUUGCCUCAACUCUAAAUAUUAUAGAAAUAAGGGAAGUACUUUCAAAGUUAAGUAUUUUUUUAAAAUUAGUGGAUUUGAUGUUGUCAAUCCCUCUUGAAUUGUUAACCUGAUAUUGCUUAUCACCUCAAUAUUGAGUAGCUCUGAGGUCAGUUGGCAUUCAAGAUCAAAAAGCUACUAAUUUGCCAACAAAGUUGUAACAGUUGGCUAAAUGCUGUCAGGUUUCAGAUUUAUUAAUUUCAAGGUGGCUUGCUAUUGUCAUCAAAAGUAAUUUCUUCUGCACAGUGAAUUUAAACAAAUUCUGGAGACAACUCCAUGUAUACUUUUGGCACUUGAUAAACAAGUUAUGAAUGGAAGCAACUGUUUGUGUAAAAAAAGGGAAUAAAAUUUAAGUUAUUUGACAUUUUGAUCUGUUUCCAUUGGUCAGACAACUUGGGCUAGAAUGGAAGUCAGUUUGAAGGAUGGGCAUCCAAUAUUUUCCUGUGAGGUGUGAGAAAAGGCCAAGUAGCUCGUUAAGUUUGUCGCUUUUUAGUUUUUUAAUUCAUCUAACCUAACACUUUAACUUCAACUUGAACACCCAGAUGGGUUUGAUUUUUCUGUCUUUUCCCCUGGAUUCUUUGAUUAGUUUAUCACCCAGUAAUCCAUCCCUGCCUCUGUUUUGAAUUUAUUUUGCACUAAACAUCUAAUCUAACAAAGGUUGUUUGAUAUUUAUUUUUACAAUUUAGCAUUUUUAUUCCCUUGAUGAAUUUAAACUUCUCCAAUUUUUCCUUGUAGCUCAUCCACUUUACAUCUUGCAGUAAUCCUUUUUACUGUUCUCUGCAUCCUUGUCAGUGCAUCUCUAUCAAUUUUAAAGUGUAACCAGAUUUAUACCUGAUAUUGCAGGAAGUUGUUUCAUGCAUUGUAAAACUUCAUGCGAUAUUUGUCGACAUGUAAUCUAUUAUUCAUGCUAUGUAUCAUUUUUCUCAUUUUUUAAAUUGCUGACACACACUUUCUCAACAUUGAAAGUGGUGAACCUGUUGUCACUCCCGCAUAGUCCUCUGCUAAUUCUAUUCUUUGUAUCUGUGCCACUUGUACGACCUUUUUUCCCAAAAUUCACUACAUUACAUUUGUUAGGUUUAAAGUUUAUUUGCCAGUUUCCGUACUGAUGCUCAUUAAGACUCAUGAAAAAUAGUCAUGUAUGUGUGCUGGAUAGUGUUUAAUACCAGCUUAAGUUAGUUUUCUGAAGAGCAGUUCAAAAUUGAUACUGCAAAAUAGCAGAAGAAAGUACCUUUUGUAUUUUGUGACUAAAACAGUUGUGUUUUUCAAGGCAUAUAUUAGGAUUUCAUUGUUCUGAUAUGGAUGUAUUUCUACUAGUAUUUUGAUACUAUUGACUAGGUUUUUAUAGACUUGGUAAUUUUGGAAAUAAAAUUGCUUGGGUUUUCACUAUUCUGUUGGAAUUUUGAUUCCAAAAUGUUCAAAUUUGCAGUUUUCAAACACUAUGUUGUGUGUAGGAAUGGAUGCAUUGGUGAAUUUCACUAGAAACCUUAGAGCUGUUCAUGCAAGCGUGUUUGUGGUUUUUGUUUAGAUGGGAGAAGUACAGCACUACAUAAAACCUGUUUUGCCAAGUUACCAUCUAACUAAUCUGAGAUCAAUUCAUCUAGAGACAUCUGAUGUCAAAUAGUUUUCAAUUUAAAAUGUUCAACUAUUAAUCUUGUCUCUUGGCCAUUUUUAAAAACAUUAAUGUCAACUGGUUAAAUAUGUCAAGUGAUGUUUGACAUAUUGCACUUAACGAGUUCAUCAUCACAUUUGACAAUUGACAGCCUCAGUUGAGCAGUCCCAUUUUCGUUUAAUAGUGAGUGUGACCUUUGGGAUUGGGGACGAGGUUGUUUUAAAAAGUAUUGGUUUCUUGACUCUGUAGAUUACGUAGGUCAGUGAUGGUGUGAAGCAUAUUAUCCAAGCCAUCGCAGUCUGCCCUUGUCCCCUUCCAAAUUACCUUGUCAAUUCAUUCUUUAUGAUGCUAAUCGUUUUGACAGUGCCAUUGUUUGUUGGACCUUUAUUUUUUCACUCUGAGGUGGCUUUCUGGCAGUGUUCUACAUAUAUGCCUUACUAGGAAGGCAAUUAAAACAACCAUGCAAGUGAUAUACUGGAGUUGCACAUGGGCCAGAUCAGGUAAGCAUGGCAGACUUUCCCCCUGAAGAAUAUUAGCAUGCUAUUUGAGUUUUUAUGACAGUCUUAAUGUUUAAUAACUUUUAUUUCUAGAUUUUUAAAUGGAAUUUAAAGUUUUCAUGGUCUAAUUUGAACUCCAGAAUAGUGUGGUGCUGAAAAAACGCAGCAGGUCAGGCAGCAUCCGAGGAGCAGGAGAAUCGACGUUUCAGGCAAAAGCCCACUCACUUUUGCCUAAUUUGAACUCCAGUCUAGAUUUAUCAGCCCAGGCCUACGUAUGGAUUUCCAGUCCAUUAGCUUAAUUAUGGCACUACUAUAUGCCUGUACCUGCCAGCGCACUAUUGUACAUCAGUCCCACAAAUGUAAAAAUCCUUUGAUUUAUAAAAGAUAUUCUCUCUCAUUAAUGCAACAGCAUCUUAUGUAGCACAUUGGUUUCAUUCAUUGUGUUUGUGUUGACCCCAUAUGAGCAUGUAGCAUUUGUUUUCCCAAGGAUAAAUUUUGAGCAUUGGUGGAGCUUUUGUAAAAUAUUCACUGGAUUUUUUUUUAUCAAGUGUUUUUGAUGUACACAUUUCCAACUCUUUUUCAUUCCAAAAGUCUUACUAGUUCCCAGAGUCCUUUUAGUAUUUGUAUUUACAUAUACAUUGAGGUGAAUGUCUUACACAAACUUAACAGAAUUCAUCUAAUUGAACUCAGGAGGUAAAUCUUCAACUCCCCCCACCACAAAAGUCUUGGCUGAAAAAAUAAAUUUGAGUCUGUGGUUGUAAAUUUGCACUACAUUGUAUUGAAUCAUUAUUUUAUGCUGUUGGAUUGUUUUUGUGAAAAUUGCUGAAUACUUAAAUCUGCAGAGAUGAACAAAAAUAUAAAAAUUCUCAAGUUGCAUUAUUUUGAGUAAAAAAUGUAAGAAUUGAGAACUCUGCAGCAAUAUAAUUGAUUUGACUAAAAUUUACAAAAUCAACUUUCUUGUGGUGGGCUAAUUCGGAAUACUAUGCUAAAGAACGAUUGGAUUUUAUUCACUUUAUAAUGGACACUUAUCAAAUGGAGGCUGAGGCACUCAAAGGGAAAAUGAAACUUGUAUGAGAGUAGUUCCAUUAAAUGAAAUGUGAUUUUUUUAGUAAGAUCUUAUUUCUAAAUGGAAGCUGGAAGAAUGGCAUUCAAAUAGAAUGUCUUUGCCCACUGCUAGUGAACAAUGGAAAGAAAAAUACUGAUUCAAAUUUUGGUCAAGGCCUUAAGCUAGUAAAGCAGGUAGUAAAUACAACACAUGAAUAAAGAAGUCUCUCAAGUGAUCCUAAAAUAAUCCAAUGAGCAAGGGUAGUGUGAUUUGAUUUCAUAUAUGGUCUAUGUUGUUGCUAUAGUGAUAAAUAUACACUGGAUCUGCAGUUGACUAGAAUUGUCCAACUGUUUGUUUUGAUUCUGGACUACAUCAAAUUCUUAAUAGCUUAAAGAUUGAAUGCACAGAAAAGGAGUCUAACUACUAGCAGUUUGCCUUAGUUUCUUUUAGAAUUUUUAAAUUUGCAUGCCUAAAUGAAUCUGAUUAUGGACUGCGCUUUCAGCAAAUUAGUGAACACAGUUGUUUCAUAUUGAAGGAUGAUGGGACAAAUUUGAUGGGACAAAUCUAAUGGGACAGGUGGAACUAACUGCACACAUGUAGUUGCCCUACUGCAUCAAAAUACAGCCUUAUAAGAGCCACAAGGUUUUGAAUGAGGGCAUUCAUUCCUCACAUUCCUCGGCACUAUGGCCACUGCUCCCCAUUUGCAGCAACUAAUUGAUUACUGAUUUCGCAUAAUUUUUCAUAUUGAAGUCCAUUUUAUGUGUCAAUCAUUUCUUUGGGUUCCUUUUUUUUUAGGUUGGCCAUUCUUGUCUUAAUACCUUUUGAUUCCUUCAGCCUGCCACCUUUGUGUCAUCUCAAAACCAUAAAAGGUGCUACUUAAAUUUCAAUCAUUCAUUUGAUUUCAUUUACUGUUGAUGUUAUUUUGCCUUGUUCACAGGCUUUUUUAUGUACCAUUUUCUAUCCAAAAAUACAAAUGAUUUUAUGAAGUUAAACCCAAUAAUAUUUCUUUCAGUUUAUAUUUCUGCAGUUUGCUAGUUUUAUGAUAUGAACCACUUUUAGAUCAGAGGUCAAUACAGGACAGACAAUUUUAAAUUGUAGAAUUUUCCUAAUUGUGUUGCAGGUAGAUUUCAGGCUGUUUGCAACACAAACAAUUAUGCAUGCACAUUUUGAUAUAUUCACACUUUUAAUGUCUUGAUUUUAAAUCUGUCUGUAAUACAACAUGAAUAAGAAGUCAUUUCAUCUGCCUGUUCAAUUCAACAUAUGCAUGAGUACAAACGGCUGAUCUCUGGCAACUCACGGUGUGUGUCCGAUUCAGUUUUGCUUCUACAUAUACUUGGCCUCUUUUCACUUCUAUAAGAGUGUUGCCAAGACUUCUGUCACCUAUGCUUGUUAGGUGGGUUUCACAGAUACUUGAUCCAUUCAGUUACAAAGUUGUUUGAGAAUGGUAAUAAAACAACCACUUUAUAUCACCGAUUGUUGUGAAGCAGUGAAAAAAGCUGUCAAAAAGAUCUCCACCAAUUGCUUAAUAUUGUUUACAAGUAUUACAAAGUUUGUGCCUGUGCUAGACUUAUUCCAACUUAAAUUUGUCUUUUUUUUCUUACAAACCAAGCUACAUGUGCAGUGUUGCUAAUACAGUACUUCACUCUUUAUCUACUUUCCAAAGAUUUGAAUAAUCCAAGAAUCCACACUGCAGUAAUGCCACAGAUCGAGAUCAGAAGCAGCAAAAUGAGCUUGCCUCGCCAACUUGGGCAAGAUAGUAUCUUUUCUUCCAAAUUUGUGCUUAUUUUGAACCUAUGAUAACAAAUAGAAGCUCAACUAUGCAUUUGUUUAGCUGCUGUUCACUAAUCUAAAUGCCUAUAAAUUUUGCAGUGUGGCAAGUCUAUCAUACUCUGAAGUUGCAAACAUCCUUUUUGGAUAAAUGUCAUUCACAGACAUAGUUGUACAUUUAUUCUAAAGUUUUAAUACUUGGGAAAAAAAUAAAUAUAUUUCUGAUGGUUACAGUGACCUGGUAAAUUCUUCAUUAAUCAAAGUAAACUUUUUGUCCCCUAGGAAGCAGGUAUGAGUCCAUUCAUUUUUAAGGCUUGUAUUUCAAAUAAGUGAAAGCAAGUUCUACCCAGCUUAUAGAAGAGAUUUUUUUUUAAUGAAUUGACAUUGCAAAGCAAUUUCAGCACAUACUAAUGUAGUUAGCAAAGUGACACAUCUUAAUGAACUGUGUCAACUCAAAACUACUCAUUUUGAAAAUUACGUCAGAAUGGGGAAAAUAUCUUAAAGCAAAAUGAGUCAUAAGUGACAGAUAUUGUUACUGGUGAUAUAGUAAGUAAAAACAAAACUAGAAGAGAAAUAGUUGUGACCUGGAGUAGCAUUAUAUGGUUUUGUUUUUUUAAUAUAACAGAUUAACAAACCAUCUGCACUUUAUAAACCAAAGUGGUCUGCAUUAAGAUGGCAUGGAUAAUUGUUACAUCCAAAUGAAUAUGUGACAUAGAAACGUAAGUCAACCUUUCAGGUCUUCAGUCAGCUGUUUGUGUUUGCAAUUCUUGAUUCCCAUCUACCUGUAAUAACCUGGUAAGAACAAAUGCAAUUGUCACUUUAGGAAGAACUGUUAAAAGAAAAGUAGAAUAAGCAUGUUAACAAUGACUUUAGAUUGCAAAUUUGACUUGGAAAUAUAUCACUAUUCCUUCAUUGUUAGUGGGUCAAAAUCCUGCAAUUCUCUCCAAAACAGCUGUAGCAAUUCAAGGUAGUUCACCACCGCCUUCUCAAGGACCGCUCUGGACCAGCAAUAAAUACUGGCUAGCCAACGAUGCCCAGGUCCCACAAAUGAAUUUUUAAAAAUUUAGAAUGAGCGUUCAAACCCAGUACAGUGAAAUUUCUGAUGAGAAUUUAUGUGCAGGUUUCCUGUGUUUUAUGCAGAGAGAUUCUAAACCACAAUCAAUCAAAAAAUUUCAAGUUAGUGUGUUUUGUAUGCCAAAUCGGUUGCUCACAGCUAGACCUAAAUUAUUGCUGUGUAAUUAUGUGCAGGGAUAGAAAGGGAAGGGAAGAAUUCCAGCAGUGACCCCUGCUGGAAUGUUUGUGUAGUCAUACUAUUGUUUCCAAUAGAAUUGUUUGCCAAAUGAGUCAGUGCUUUAAGUAUGGGAAAAGUGAAACAAGGAGCAAAAUUUUUAAAAGCACAUUGGUCAUGUGUGGCUUCCAUAUCUCAUCUAUGUCAGAAAACUCCUUUGUUAAAUGUGGUCUAUUAUUAAUAUCAUAAUAUGUAAAUGACAUCCAACUAUUAUGUCCAGCCCACAAUCAUUUACCUGAUGUAGAUCAAUAAAAUCUGGUGCAAUUGGAUUUGAUGUAUAGAAGUUCAGUGAGCUCUCCUAAAUACAUCAUUAUGAAAGGUCUUGUCAUACUGAAGGCUGCAUAUUAGGACAAAUACCAAAAUUAUUUGAUGUGAUGGCAAGAUUGUUGGAGGAAUUUUCAGGACUUGGAUUGGAAAAUUAUUGUAGCUGAAUUCAACUUGUCCUGGCACACUCUGGCAAGGCAGUAUUAGAAGAAGCUAAAGGUUUGUACUUAAGGGAAAAAAAUUACCUUAAAAGUACUUCCAAUAUUACCCGCUUGUUUUUGUGAUGGAUUGUGGUCAGUGACUCCAAACCUAAAGCACUUAAUCAUGAUAGUCCUAUGCUAUUCGUAACUGUAAAUUAUGUAUUUAUAAAACAGAGAAACAAUUAAUUUGAUUUGUAGGAAGAGAAAUACUAAAAGUAGUUUCAGCUCUGCAAAUUAUUAACUGGAUUUGGAAUAUAGCCAACUUUUUUGAGAUUAUUUUGCAUUCAGAAUACUAAUAAACUUAGGUCUCAGUAUCUGGCAUUUGUAAAUAAAUAGGUAUUUGAAAUAAUCUGCUGUUUUUAAAUUUUUUAAAGGUUUGAUAUGUUUAAAAGUUUGCUUAAUUUCAAAUGCUUUAAAUAUCGUGACUGUAUUUACAAUUUCAUAUGAAUUAAAGUUGAUCAUUUUUCAUGUUUUAUGUAACCCUCCUAUUGCCACAACAUAUAAGUAGUAUGCUUAAUGGGAUGUGGUAUGUAUUGCCCAGAAGGCAGUUGAGUGUCAGCCAUAUUGCCGUGGGUUGACCAAUGUAGGCCAGACCAGAUAAGAAUGGCUGAUUUCUUUCCUGACAAGACUUUAGUGAACCAAGUGGGUUUUUACAACAGUCAGCAAUGAUUACGUGCUUUCUAUUAGGCCUGCUGUCUACUCUAGAUUUUUAUUGAAUUCAAAUUUUACCAUCUGUCAUGGUAGAUUCCAACUUCUGACCACAGAGCUCUGGGGCUCUGGACUGCUAGUCUUGGAAUAAGGGACUGUGAUGACAGGAGAUCUUUUCCUGUGUUGUGAAUCUGUGGAAGUCUUUACUGCAGAUGGCUGCCAAGACUGGUCCAAUAGAUAUAUUCCCAGGCUACUGUAUUAAGAUUUUUUUUUAUAUUAAGGGCAUUGAGGGUUCUUUUUUGGGGGUGGGGUUGGUUGGUGAUGGGCAAAAGUGUGGAAUUAAGGAUUGUCAGAUCAGGUGUGAUUUCAUUAUAUAUUAAAACAGACUUUCUAGGCUGAAUGGUCUACAUCUGAGCUAUUUUUGUAGUUUUAUGAAGAUUGGUACAUUGAGGAAUUCCUUGGGAUAGUGUUCUAUGACUCUGACACUGGAGACCAAGACACUGAAUCAGUCUGUGUAUAGAAAUGUGAAAUAGCAAUGGAGUGAAGUCCUUGGUGGGAGUCAUCUUUAGAUUCCCUAAUAUUAGGACACAAUGUAAACAAGGAAAUGGGACUUGUAAAAAAGAUACAAUAAAUGUAAUUUUUAAUAUGCAUGUAGACUGGAUUAAUUAAAUUAGCAAGGAUAGCUUUAAGAAAAAGUUCAUAGUUUGAUAUAAUUUCGUGGAAUAAUAUGUUGAACAGCCAACAGAGGACAAACUAUUUUGAAUUUGAUACUGUGAAAUGAGAUGGGAUAAAUUAAUUCCAUGGUGAAAGAUCCUCAUAGUAAAGGAAGGGAAAUAAUUGCAUAAUGGAAUUUCAAAUUCAGUUUGAGGAUGAGAAACUUGAGUCCCAUACUAGUGUUCUGGAGUUAAACAAAUAAUUGCAUAGGCAUGAGGACAUAAUUGACCCUACUGGACUAGGCAGAACUGCUAAAAGUUUUGACAGUUAAUAAGAAAUGGAAAAUAUUUAGAGAAAUUCCAUUCCUCUCAACUAAAAUAUAUUCCAGAAAAGGAAAAGUUUAUAAAUGAGAGAGAAAGCAUCCAUGAUUAAGUAAGGAAGUUAACGAUAACGUGGAAAAAGCUGAGCAAUAUCAUAUUGCAAAAGUUGCACCAAUCGGGAGGAUUAGGAGACUUUUAAAGACAGAUUACUAAAAUUCUAAAAAGGGAGGAGGGAGUGGGAGGAGGCGGUGGCAGAAAAUAGGCUACAAGACACCACUUAGUUUACCAUCUGGGAAAUUGGAAUCAAUUAUUAAGGAAGCUGUAAUGGGACAUUUGGAAAGUCCAAGCACAAACUGAGUUAAGAUAGUUUAAUGAAGGGUAAAUCAGCUUGACUGGUUUCAGUUCUUCGAACAUGUAACUGGCAAUGUAGAUAAUGGACUCCUGUAGCUGGGUCAUAAUCUUACAGCACAGAAGAGAGGCCCCUUGACCGAUUUGAGUCUGCUGAUCUCUCCAUAUUGAUCCCACUUGACAACAUAACCCAUAUCCUUGAAUGGUAUGACAUUUCAAAUGAAUGUAUUCACUUCUCUAAAUGUUUCCUGCCUCUGGCCUUCCAGGUAGUGCAUUUCUGAUUCCCACCACCACCUGGGUGCUCAAAUCUUCUGCCCUUCACAUUAUGACCCUUUGUUAUUGACCCACCAUAUCUGGACUUGCAGAACGUAUUUGAUUAAGUGCAACACAACCGGUUAAUACCAAGCUAAGAUCACAAGGGGUUGGGGUAAUAUAUUAGCUUAGUUAGUGGAUUGGUUAGUCAACAAAGCAGAGAAUUGGGAUAAAUGGGUCUUUUUGUGGUUUGGCAAGCUGAAACAAAUGGGUGCCACAAGGUUAAGUUCUUGGGCUCCAAUAAUUUACAAUCUAUAUUAAUGACUUGGAUAAAGGGAUAGAAGGUAAUGUCAUGUUUGGCUUUAGAAAAAAACCUCCAAACCAGAUUGAGUUAAUUGUUAAAGUUUAAUUGCACAUGGCAAUAAGCAAUUGAAGGAAAAUACAUGAAAACUGACUUAAUGUAAAAGCAGUCUGUAUUGACUGGAUGCUGCUUGACCUGCUGUGCUUUUCCCAGCUUCACACUUUAUCAAUUUUGACGUUCCAGCAUCUACAGUCCUCACUAUCUCCAGGUAACUGCAAUGACCUUGCCUUGAGUUGGGAACGGCUGUUUUGCAGUGAUACCUGCAUUUGUUUGUGACCACCAAGCACAAAGGAAUGCUUGGGAAAGUAAUCCGAAUGGUAAUGCAGUAUAUGAUAUCAGAUUCCAUAUAGUAUUAAUUUUGGGGACUUCUGCCAGAUUUUUUUUGGGGGGGAGGGGUGGAAGAGGGGAGAGCUUUCACCAUUGGCUUGGAAUUCAUGCACUGGUGAUAUGGGAAACAGCUCAAAGUAUCAGCCAUCACCCAGGAGCCCAUAAUAGGCAGACAGUGAGACUCGUUGAGCAUGUCUAAAGUAGUUUAAACUAAUA